UUCCUAUACAGAAAAAUGGCUCAGUUUGGAAUCAGAGUGGCAGGUUUCCUACUUAUUUGCUACAUAUCAUUGGCAAUUGCAAUAGAUAAUGAGAUGCGGAUGAAAUUCAUCGAAAAAAUCCAAAAAUCUGAUGGAUUUGAUGAUUGUCUAAAAUCUAGUGGAGCCAAAAAGGAUGAUUUAUUUGUUUUACCACCAAAAAAUACCCAUGAAGUGUUUUGCUUUAAAAAAUGUAUGAUGGAUAAAAGAGAAAUGAUAAACGCCGAUGGUUCUAUAAAGUUUGAUGAGUUCGAUAAAAAUUUUAAGGAACAGGUAUUUUCCGACGUGCCUCAAAAGUUUUUAGACGCCAUGAAAAAAUGUAUGGAGGAUGUUAAAAUAACAAAAUGUGAUGAUUUACAGAUUGUUAGUGAAUGCUUCCAAGCUGCUGUGAAAUCGAACAAUUAAAUUAAUUAUUGACUACUUGUAUAUUUUUUUUAACGACAUUACAACUGAUAUUUGGAUUUAUAUAUACCUAUGUUU